AUGGAUACCGAUACACUGCGGUAUAGAGUAAAACGAGAGAGUGGACAGAUCAGCCCUAGAAGAACCCUUCAACCAGAAUUAGAAUCCAGCGCUAGGGGUAUCAGACAAAUGAUUGAAGCAGAAUUAGUACCACUCAAACAAAUCAUCUCUGAAAAAACCAAAAAAAUAUAUGUCAAAGUAUAUGUUAAAGAAAUAAGAAACAAAGAAGAAAUUUUGGAUAAAAAAAUCAAAACUGAUCUAAGCAGAUUCAGGACCGGACACCUUCUGGCAAUGAAAGGCACGCAUCUGACUCACCACGGAAAGCACAAUGUAGACUAUGUGAAGAAGAAGAUGAAACUUCCUCACACCUGUGGAGGCGGUGAAGAUGGCGUUGGAAAUCUUCAAAAAACUAGAGGCGGUGAACAAAUGAUCCAGGAUCGAUUGAGAGACUAUUACAAAAACAACAACAGCAACAACUCAUCCACAACAUAUCAACUAGCCUAUCUGCGGUUUCAGAGACAAUAG